AUGGCAGCCCUCAACCUACGCCGCCGGCACGAUAGUGGCAGCAUCCCCCUGCCGCUCCUCCUCACCGGCCGGAUUUCACGCAUCCCCUUAUUCCGAUCCCCUUCUUCCGUUUCAGAUGAAGAGAAGACCAUUGGAGAUACUUCCUCAGCUGCCCCUCCUAUCUCCCUCGAUGAUGAAUUUCCGAAGGCCACCGCCAUGGGACCUUAUGCAAGUGCAGGCUGGUCGGACCUCCCCAUAGAUCUCCUCAUCCGGAUACUGCAUCUCCUUGAGCUCCCCGAGGCCCUCGCCUUCCAUGCUGUCUGCCCAUCAUGGCGUUCUGCAUCUGUGGCUGCAGGUGGUGUCCCACCUCGCCGCACACCGUGGCUUGUGUCCUUGGCGGAGGAGCCUCUUCCGGCAGGGGAUCAACAGCGGCCUGUGCGUCGUGGAUUAUGGGAUCCUACUGCCACUUCUGAGCUCCGCAACCUCGUGGAUGCUGAGAAAACUUUCCAGGUCAGCUUUCCCUGGGGCCAGGCCGUGGCCUGCUGCGGCGCCUCCCAUGGCUGGUUAAUCAUGGCAAACGAGCUCUCGGAUCUCGUCCUCUAUAACCCUUUCACCACGGCGUCGCUCUCGCUCCCGCCAAUCACCGGUUUUGCAUCGUGCAUCGAGGGGGUUUACGGAGAUGAAGGGAACGUCGUGGGCGAUCGUUACAGUUGUUACGAGAGUGACAGUGUCUAUGAUGUGCGGUCUCUUGGUGGGUUCUUCUAUGACAAGGUUGUGUUGUCCGGUUCUCCAUCUGCUGGUCCCGCAAUUGCUUUGUCCAUGCACAUGGACGGUAAGCGACUCUCUUUUGCGAGGGUCGGAGAUAGUUCUUGGCGACAAGUUUCAGUGAUAAGGAGAAGCCUGGAUAGCUAUGCCGAUUGCGUCUACCACCGCGGCAGGUUCUACGUGGUGACAAUGGAAGGUAAAUUGAAGUCUUGGGGCCUCAGUGGACCGGAGGACAGACCGCGAAAGAAAACGAUCAUUGCCGAGGGAGAUGAUUACUUUUUUGAACUUAUCACGAGAUACCUAGUUUCAACUCCCUGGGGACAUCUUCUGCAGAUUCGUGUCGUCCUCGACAAGUAUCAGGAGCACUACGUCAGGGUUGAUGUAGACAGAUUGGAUCUCAAGAGCAGCCAAAUGGUGGGAGUAAGCCCUGCGAAGGCUCUAAGGGGACACGCGGCGUUCCUUGGUCAGAAUAGCCGGGGUAUAUUGUCCGUGGAUAAAUUCCCCGAGGUAAGGCCAGAUUGUAUCUACUUCACGACUCCCCGUCUCAGGGGGGACGUCGAGCAUCGCCAUAACCAAUGGAGCGGUGUGAAGGUCUAUGAUUUGAGAAGUCGGAAGCUGGAGGAUGCUUUUCUGUCGGGUGGUGGUCAUUAUGGAACAAUCUGUCCAUCGGAGGUCUGGUUCACGCCGAGCCUGUGA